AGACAAACCUAUAAAAUAACAUUAUAGUUGAUUACGUACUAUUAUUUUAAAUAUCUGUGAUUAUCUAGUACUUAAUACUUAGUUAGUGAGUGACAGCCGCUGCUCCAUCAUUGGGUCUAUCUGACCUUCAAAUCGGUAUAUGUACUGGUGAACAAUAUGGGUAGGUAAUCAUUAACUUAAGUGUUCCAUACCAUUUGACACUUCACAAAUGUUAUAAAGUGUCUAGGCACUUAACGACAGUGGACUAAUGUCUUGAAUCGAUCGACUGAUUAAUUGAUUUUUGACGAGCUAACACUACGAUUUAUUAACCUACAGGAAUUAUUUAUUUAUUGCACUUUAAAACUGUUAAAUAAUUAUUAUGGUACAUGUUACUAAUUUGACAACUAAACAAAUUUUUUUUGUUAUUUUUCAACCCAUGUACCUACAGUCGCAUGCGCGUGUUCACGGGCGUUAGAUGUGUUUUUUGAUACGCGAAAUACUUCCGCAAAAAUGUCGUGUACUGUGAAAUGUGCUACCUGUAAUAUUGUAAUUGAUGAGCUUCUGUCUUACAUACAGAACAAAAUAUCGAUAGCUGAUGAAGAAAGCUUAGUAAAAAUCUGUGCAUCAUCGUUUACAAGUGAACAAGUUCAAAAGUCACAUACGUUACUAUUUGAAUCAGUGUCUUCAGAGUUACGAAGAAUCGCACGUAAAGGAAAAGGAAAGGGAGAUCGUCUGUUGUACAACAUACUCAGCUUCUUCAAAGUCACAGAUCCUGAUAUGCUGCCUAUAUUUGUUGCUCGUGACCUUGAAAAACUGCCACCUAUCACCUGGGAUCAUUUGGACGUAUCUAAAGUCCUGAAAGACCUAUUGAUAGUACAGUCUGAAAUUAAAACAAUUAAAUCAUCGUAUGCAACUGUUAAGCAGCUAGAAGAAGUUAAAAAGGAGUGCUAUAAUUUAAAAACCGUUUCGCCACCAUUCUCUGCCGCUAAGAUUAACAUAAAAAGAGGUGCUUAUCGUGACAGCGGCCCUAUAGCUUUAUCGGUUAUGGAUGAGUCUACUAUAAGUAAUCAUGAAGAUGAAUCCAGUGGUGAAAUGUCUUCUACACGGGAUAAUAAUUUACAUUAUAGAAAUAUAAAUAUAAACACAAAUUAUCCGGAGGGUAGUAGUGAUACACUUAUCGAUGCAACGUUCCAUCAAACGUUUGAAACUGAAAAUAGCCGUGUAACCGACAAUACGAAACGCGAUGAGUCAUUGUUGACAUGUAACCGGCAGUCCACGCAGCCAACGGUCGGCAAAGUAGGUACAACACUUGUUGAAUCUUAUGCAGGUGCCGUAAGGUCUAAUAAUGAAUGGACAAUCGUCGAGAAGAAAAGAAAAAAAAAUAGACGCAUUGAAAGAAAAUUAGGGACAGUUGUAAUCGGAACAGAUGAGAUGUUUAGAGCUGCUGAGAGAAAAAUACCACUGUUUAUUACUAAUGUGCAUAAAAAUACGUCAGAAUCAGAUAUCGUUCGAUACAUUUGUAAGAUGACACAAGAAACAGUGGCAUUAGAGAAAAUAUCCAUUAAGCGUCAAUGUGAUUACAAUGCAUUCAAAUUCUUUGUAGCACAAAACAAAGUCUCGUUGUUUUUGGAUGAGAAUAUAUGGCCAGAAGGGAUAAUUUUUCGACGGUUUAUUAAUUUUAAACUAAAAAAAUCGACUGGAAACGCACAUAUUUCCAUUGACGGCAUUACACACCAAAAUUAUGGAUAGUGGGAUCUACAACUUUGUUACCUUCAAUUGUAAGAAUGUGAAGCGCUCUGUAGAAGGGAUACGGGAAUUAUGUAAAAGAUCGGAUAUCAUAGCCCUGCAAGAAACGUGGUUGUUGCCGAGUGACCUAUCAUAUUUGUGCAGCAUAGAUUGCGAGUUUACCUCUACGGGAACGUCGGCGAUCGAUACAACGGAGGAAAUACUGCGCGGGCGACCGCACGGUGGUGUCGCGAUCCUCUGACGGCACAGUGUAUUUUCCAAUGUUGUAGUAGUGCCAUGUGAUAAUCCCCGCAUAUGUGCGAUAAGAAUAAUGUUAAAAGGGCGGUCAAUCCUAGUGAUGAGUGUCUACAUGCCUACCGAUAUGUCUACAAACUUAGUGGAAUUUACGGACAUUCUCGGCUCGGUAAGUGCAAUCAUAGACAGUAAUAAUGUGGAUUGUGUUUAUAUUAUGGGCGAUUUCAAUGCUCAUCCCACAGAAUCAUUCUUUAAGGAAUUAUCUAUAUUUUGUGAGGAACAGGAAUGGACUUCUAUAGAUAUAGAAAUGUUGAAGGGUUCAUCGAACUGUUUUACGUUUGUGAGUGAAGCUCAUGGGUCGCAGCGGUGGCUAGAUCAUUGUAUAGUAUCGAAAGCGGCUGUGUCCUCUGUACGUAGAGUGCACAUACAAUAUGACAUACUCUGGUCAGACCAUUUUCCGCUGAUUCUUGAGUGUAAUUUAGACGUAGUUCCACCUAAGAUAGAAGAAGUAAAAUGUGAACGUAACAAUGUUUUGUGGGGUGACAGAGGCAUAGAACAAAUCGACUCAUAUUAUAAUGAGUGUCAUUCUCAUUUCAAACUUCUUAAGUUUCCAUCCGAGUUCCAUAACUGUGCCGAUCAGACUUGUAAUGUUAUACAACAUAGACAGGUCAUUGAUAAGUUGUAUAAUGAUAUAAUAAAUGUACUAAAGAGAGCGGCUGUAGCUAGUAGAAAUAACACACAUUGUAAGCGUAAGAAAAAGAAAAUUGUAAUAGGUUGGAAUAAACAUGUUAAUGAGGCACACAGGAAUGCCAGGCAGAAAUUUCAUGUUUGGUGUGAUUAUGGUAAACCUAGAGUUGGCUCCAUCUAUAAUGAUAUGUGUGAGGCUAGAAGAUA